GAGCGGAGAGUGCGAGAGAUAGAGCCUGCGAACGCAGUCAAAGGAUGAACUCUACUUGCGUCAUAUCACAUGCACGGUGCGUUUCGAGGAGCAGUGUGUAAUGAGUGGGUGCUCGCGAGUGCGCGCAGGGCCGGCAGAGCGUGAGUGAGGCCACCGUGGGCCGCGAGUGGGCCGCCAGGAACGCGAUCGGGGCCCGCGCCGCGCCAGCAGGAUCAGUAUGGAGUCGAAGAGAUCGAGGUAAACUACAAGCCUGCCAUACCGACCACCGCCGAUAAACUUUCCUCUGCAAGUAUAAUGUGAAUAAGAUCGUCCUCUGACCCCAGCUAGGUUUGCCGAAUGUGGCUGGGAUCCGAUGGCCCCAGCCAUGCAGCUGACCACUACUUCCCUCUUCCCCUUUUCGAGUCGUUUGAAGACGAACCAAAAAGUUUCGCGAAUUGGCCCGACCCUGAUGAAUGCGAUUUUGGCUUCCCUCGUCCUCGUCCUCCUUUCGAAUAUCGCCUCCGCCCGGACCCCGGACAACACGCCGGAACUGUGUGUCGUCCGCGUUCUGGAGCAGGGGCUCGUGUCCCCCUGGCUUAGCCAACCGCGAAACUCCCCCGGCUGCUCCAGCCACGGACAGCUGAGCGAAAACGGCACAGAAGUGCACGUCAUCCGCGCCCUGCUGGGCAAGGGGACGCAGCUUCCGCGCCCACCAAAGGCAGAUCACAUUCCCAUCGACCUCGAGUUAGACGCGACCAACCACAACGUGUCGGCCAACCCCCUCGCACUCAUUCUCAACUCUGACCAACCGGUUCUGUGGCGCAUCCGCGGACAAGGGUUGUCCGGAGGUCCGCCGAUCAUGGUGGUCGUGAGCAAGGGCAGCGAGGCGGAGAGCAGCCUGAACUUGCGUAUGGCCUACAGGGAAUGGCAGAACAAGAAGGCUUUGGUGCGGUUCGCGAAGAAGAGUUGGGGCGCUAUCACCUCCUUCACGGAGAUGCGCGGCGCCAAUCGAAUCGAGCUGAUAGUCGGCUUUGGCGUCCGCGAACAGAGCUCCGAGUGCGACACCAACAGCACCAAAAUGAGCCCGGUUGCUUCGGCCAGCGCCGUCCUGCGCCAGCAGGCGGAGGGUUGCUUCAAUGCGGCCCUUGCCGGCUCGAACGAGUGCGAUGUAUACGUUUUUGAGAUAUCCCACCGCGACAUGAUCCGCCACUCGGAUUCUGCUCCUCCCGUGCAGGUGAUCCUGCGUGGCGAGAAACGCAGACCCGUGCGCAGAAACAUCACCAUUUUAUUGAAGGCGCACAAACCAACCAAGUGGCAACUGAUUUCGCACGGGAUCGAUGGAAAAAUAAUUGUGAUAAGUGACCAACAAGUUGAAAAUUCGGACAUGGAAGACAGGCAGAGCUUUGAAGUGCGCAACACCGAGCUGCCGGACAGGAUGAACUCGCUGCUUCUCUCGGCCACCAACUACGGACCGCUGGUUUUGUACGCCAGAGCUGAGAAGGCCAACGGCUUUGAUGUGAUCGUUGCUGAUACCAAAGAUAAAGUAGAAGAUGAGCAACUCAGUGGUGAUAUGGCUGGAGAAGAAAAGGUUAGUGAUCCGAGCUCACUAAAGCAUCAUCAGCAUCUGGCAAUUCAGCACGGCGCUUUAAAAGCCACGGCCGUCAGCAGUGUGAAAAGUGAAGAGAAACACCAAGUCCUGUUAAAUGACUUACGGAAAGAGAUGACAGUGGUUUGCGACCCUGGCUGGAUCAAUAUUAGCUUUCCCAAAUCCCUGUCUUCGAAACUAGGUGUCAGGUCGAUUACCCUCAACAACCCAACCUGCACGUCACAAUCCAACACGACUCACGUUUGGCUCAGCACUCGCGUCAGUUCUUGCAACACCUUGAGGGACGUCGAGAAAGAGAAAAUAAUGGUUUAUUCGAAUCACGUCCACGUGAAAUUCGACAACACCCAAAACGAGGAGGUUGACGAAAACACGGUACCGGUUGUUUGCAAGUACUUGCAAAGCAAUUUCCCAGGAAAUGCUGUUGUUAUCUAUGGUGGCGAAGAUGAUUUUGAGGACGACAUAUCUGAGAGACAACAAAGUCCAAGCAAGACCAGCAGCGGGCUCAGCCUGUACACGAUGGACGUGUACAAAGACCGAGAUCACUCUGAGCAGCUGCUGUUCGAACCUGGACCAGCAUUCGUCUCCAUCAACGACACCUUGUACGUGCGGACGUGGCUUGACAGCUUUCACGGCAUCCAACUGGUAUCGGACUCUUGCUGGAUCUCAAACAGUUCCAAUUACAAGACGAGGCGAGCCGCACGCGUCGUCCUGAUCAAAAGGGCUUGUGCCGCUGAGCAUUCGGUACAGCUGGAAGAUUACGGCAGUGAAAGAUCUUUGAACACGCAUGGCGGUUUCAGCUUUCUGGUGCACAAGUUGUAUGCUGAGUUUAACAACUUGUACCUGCACUGCGCUCUUGGAAUGUGCGCUGGAAGGGUUGGAACCAAGAUAGGCAGCAUUGUCAGUUGUGAAGACCUAACCCAAAACUGUGUUAACAUUAACACUGGGUUCAACUAUUUCUCACCCACGGCGCAGGAAGUUGUCACGAAAGGCCCAUUCAAAAUUGCACCCAGGAAGCCAAAGGCCUCGUCGCCGCCUCAAGCAAAAUUGCCUAUUGAUUCUGGAAUCCCUCCAUUGGCUCCAGUGAAUUUGCCAGGUUUGACUUUGCACGGAAUAGCGACUAAUCCUCCCAGUGUUCAACACACACCUGUGCCUGAGACAAGAACAGCCUCAGUAAACCCAGGAAAUGUUUCAACUGAGAUGGCUGCCGUCAUCGCCUUGGUUGCAUUCAUGAUUGGCGUCGUGGUUACUGGUGCCAUGUGGUUCGUCCACGUUAAAACUGAUCCUUAUCGCCAAGGGCGAAAGGCGCUUCACCAGCCGUCCCUGCAGACAAGUCACCAACACCAGCGGCCGUCGCCGGCCCUCGGGGUCAACGGCCAGCAGGCAAGCAGUGCAGCCAUCUAAAGUAUUUCCCGCGAAAAAGUAAUACUACGUAUUUAUUCAAACUACCUCGAGAGCUCACCGAGUAAUUUUAAGACUUCCGACGGCGGAAUAUUGCUUGCACUUGGGGCAGCUCAAACAUGGCUAAAUCCUAAAGAGUAAAUACACAAAUACUACUAAGGAGCGUAUAGGUUUCAACACCGAUUUAUUGAAAGCGGCAGCCUUAUUCGGGGCCCCGCACCUCUUUGCAUUGUCCAACUGCCAUAAUAUUUUUAAAUUAUUUAUAGUUUUCGGAACAGUUAAGAUGAGCCGCGAUUAUUAUUUCCUCGAUAUAAUAAUAAUAUUCCUUCGUUCUACCUCUUAUAUUUUCAGGACUUGUCAAGUCUUAUCACUGAAUGCAUUUACGAUUGAGUAUAAUGUUUUAUACGAGUUUUUUUAUUACUCCAUUCACUGCUGUUUCUGCGCGUGAUUCGGAUGCACAUUCCUCCACGUUAAUUAUUGCCUUUUUCCUAUUUAAUGUUAGUUUAUAGAGUUUUACUCAUCAUCCGUUUCACACUGAUCACACGGUGUUUUUUCAAUGCGACAUUGAAGAGAGAGUAGUUAAAUUACCUCUGUUUUUGAUCCACAUUUGCUCAAGAUGGUUUCUAACCGCGUGUAUAAUACACUACUAAGUACUACUUAUACUAUUUACAGAACGUCGUGCGGCAGCCAGAGCCUUGCUAGUCGCUGUUCGAAAAAAAAAACGACAAACACUUGGCUGGCCGCGAACGAACCGACGCAAAAUAACAUUCACAAAUUUUUUAAAAACAAGACGGUGCCACAAACUCGCAGAUAUUAACCUCUUUCUCUCUUACUAUACUUCUGUCACUCUUGCAAAACAGUUUUUAAAAGCGAAAUAAUUAUAGAAAGGAAAUGGAAACAACUAAACACCCGCAGUGAAAAAUAAAACAUAUAGAUUAUAUUGUUAAAGGCUCACAACAAACAAACAAACAAACAAACAAACAAGAGAUGACGAGAAUUUUCAUUACUGAAGAAAAAUACAAAAUAGACUGAUACAUGUAUGAGGAUACCACAAGAUACAUUAUUAAUUUAUAUUUUACUACGGUGUACAAUUGUGAGCAGUGAUUUACCAUGCUUGAUGGUUUUGUACACUGAUCAAUUUUUAUAUAUUUACGGUCGCAUUUCUGUUGAACGUGAACACUCUGUGCCGCAAUUCAGUAUUUUUUUCCUGUCCGUUCCAAUGUUUUUCUCAUCGUUAAGCAGAGCGGUGCAAGUACUUUCACUCAUACUAAAUUGCUUGUCGGGUAGUAUAUUUUAUUAAUGUAGAGUUCGAUUUUUAUAAUUUUCAAUUAGAUUUACAGGUCAAAGUGAAACCAAUUUUGAUUGUUUAAAAUAUACAAUUUUGAAUUCUGCGAACGAUCAAUUUGGACCAACCUUGUGCUUGUGACAUGAAAUUUUGUGUUUGUAUCGCUCUACUUAAUCUUCAAAUCUGCAAUCUUUCUUAACAGACCCCCAAAAUCAUCUCAGCAGCGUAUUGACGAUAGUUUUGACUGACAAACGUGGUCAUGAUUUUGACAUUUGCAUUUUUGAACCAUUUAAAACACUGUCAAACACACACCUAGAAUUCAAAUUAAUGAACCAUAACGCAACCGGCUGUCUUGAAUUUCACAUUCACAUCACAGCGCCUUUUAAAAAUUCCAGUUUGAAAGAAACAAGCUGCGUAGCCCUAAACAUCAAUAAUAGUAAUAAUAUUUACGGAGGAUAAAUAGGGAUACCUUCAGAUAACGAAUAACAGUGCAUUUCUCCAUUUUUUUACUGUAGGAAAAACAAACGACGUACCUGGUGAACUAUUACGCAAAGGAAUGAAUUAUUAUUCUGCUAGGCACGAACACAGAAACACGACUUAAGUUGUAACUCACUUUUCGUCCAAAAGCGUCCGGUCGCCGAGGCGUAAUCGCGACUGCAGACCGAGUGGCGACUACAAUUUUUACUUAUAUCUCUGCGCUGAUUUUACUUUUCUGCACCCGGUAACGCUCUAUAAAGACACACACAAACACACACAUUGCAUACAUAUAGCCCUUGACAUAUGAAGAUUUUUCUAAACUUGUUGGAACCUAUAUUGAAGUAAAAAAGAACUCUUUACUCAAAUGAAAAAUAAUGUGGGACACGGAGAAACGAAGUUUGAGUCGCGUUAUACCUGUUACUUGCCGGAGUGAAGUAACUUAAUUUGCUAUACCUUAGCUACUUAGCUACUUAAGAAGGAGAAACAGGCCCCGCCAUUGUAAGUGUCACGCGCGCGGGGCUCGAUUGAUUUUACAAUUAAAUUAUUUUCAAUUUUCGACACUUUUAGUUUUUUAAGGUUACAUAAAAGUAAGAUUGCUUCUCAACAAAGAACUCAGGGUCUUGUAAAAAGCGUAGUUUGUAUUGAUUUAGUUUUACUUUAGCUCUUAGCUUGUUAGAUGACGCGUUCUUUUGAUUUCCGUCUGUUCUAAGUCUAGACGUAUUUAAAAGAGGAAAGGGUUUGUCGCGAACGCAACGCUGCUUGGGCAGCCAGCAAUUAUUACACAAUGGAAUUUAGACCUUUUCAUUCCACGCGGAAACUAUACAAUAUCAAUGCUCUAAUUCUAGAGGGUGUACACUAUAUUCUUCAUGAAUAGAAAAAAUUGCUGCAUGUACGUUUUAAUCAAAGAAACAAUCGUCAUAAUUCGGCGAAGACGAUGAAACAGCGAGGCAAAUUUCGAAGAAAUAAAAUAGAAGAGAUUGAAGCUGGCACGCAUUAGAGAGGAAUUGCGUUGCGUGGAAUAUACUAUUAAUAACCAGUGUGCAUGCAUGUGAAUCAUUAGGCGUGAAUAAUUGAUCGUGAUCUAUGGCGGUGUUAGCGAGUUCAUGUAACUGGUAGUUUGCACUGCAAUUCAAGCCAAGGAGGGGCUCUAUACCAAACUAAUUAUAUUUUUAAUAAGCAUACACACACUUUAUUUCCGCGAUUUGUUGUGGUAGUAUUGGGCCACGCACUUUUAAUUUGUAUAAAUGAAACUGAAACUCUAAAUUUAUAAAAUUUAACAUUAUUUCUCGCUGGCAAGAGAAUAUCGUAUGGUAUAUAUAGUUUAAAUAAUUUUACGGAAAUGUUAGCCGGCAAAUUAUUCGAUUUUAGAAAGAAAAAAAUUAGUUAGCUAAUCGAGCUUGUUAUUCUUGGUGUUUUGGCGAAAACAAAAAUUUACUGCGGGCAGAUCUAUUUUGAACAUUGUUUUUCUUACCCAAGUUUUCGAACACAUUUUUGAAAAUUUUAGCCACUCCUUUGUAAAAAUGGCAUUUCUAAAAUUUAAAAUUGUUGUGAUGGUUUUCAUAUUUUUAUGGCUAUGGAAUUCGGCUCGUUCCACUUUGUAUAUGUACGUUCUAGUGAAAAUUUACCUUUUUAGGCUAAGACUAAAUCUACGUGUAUUUAACGUUUAAGAAGUAUUACGAUAUAUAUUUUUAAAUUCAUCUUUUUCCAAUCGAUUUCGUACGGAAAAGCAAGUUUUAAAACUCCUCUCCAGACGCAAAAGCAAACAAAUCGCAAGCUGAAAUCCAGACAGGAUCCCAAGUCAGUGUCAUUUCUGCGUGAGUGCGUGAACGAGGCAAUUUUGCGAGCGAAUGCCAGCGAAUUCCGCGGUCUGCAACAAAUUUUCGAGACGCAGCGCGGAACUCGGCAAAAGAGUGCUUGCGGGGAUUUUUAUUUUCAUUUCCGAGAUUAAAAGACUGAAGAGAUCGCGCGAAUGCGAGACGGGUGCAUUUACCGUAAUUCUGCGAAAAUGAAGACGCGCGCGUGCCGAACAACACACACACACACAAACCGAUCGAAAACAUAAAAAAUAAAGUACUGAGCAGCGAAAAUCUGCAGCUCCAAUCCACUUUGCAUUCCGUUUCGACCACCAAAACAUGCAGAUCACUACAUAUAUAUUAUAAAUAUAUAAUCACAAUAAUACGAUGCGUGUCGUUGUGUCACGCAGCAAUUUUAAUAACCACGUGUCGAUGCUGAUAUUUAAGCAGGAAAAAGCAACGUCCCAAGUGGCGGAAUUGCAACAAUGAAUGACGGUGUCGAUGUCGUUUUUUCCCGUCGUUCCAUUGUUUCGUCGUGUGUUUGUGAACUGAGAAUUUUCGUAAUUGCAAGCGUGCGCCGCGUAAGCGGAAGGGGCGCGGCGCCGAGCCGCCCUUUUUGUUUUCCAACGUUUCGUCCGAAUAGCGCCAGUAGUGCCAAAAUCUUUCGUGUUUUUCCCCGGCCCGGCGGCGGCGACUCUCGGCCCGCGGCGCACCCUCCCCCCUCCCUCCCGAGGGUGUACAUAAAUAUACUUCGUUGAUUUUUCAAUUGAGACGAUCUUAUGAGGAUAAUACACAGAUACCGAGAGUGAGAUCUAUCAUAAAUACUGAUUAAUAAAAUUAAUAUCAGGUGCGUGCUGCCAAAAAGUAUUUUAACGAAAGGGGGAACGGAUGGUAGGUACGGAAUGGGAAUGGUUGGUGAUUGGCUUGUUCAUUUGCGCGGUGUGCGGCGGCGAUGGAUCCUAGGGAGCUUAAUCUGCGCCUUCGCAGCGUAUAAAUGAUGGCACUGAAAAUAUACCAGUUUCGUGGCGCUUGGGAAUCUGACGAGAAAAUCGUACUAUACGCAUUAUAAUAUAAAUAUA